AUGGCGUACGUGAUGACAGUGCGGGAAAUGCCCUUGGAACUGCAAGGUGACAUCUCUACGUUGGAUCUCGAGAUCAAACAUGAGGUGAGGAAGGAUAUGCGACCAGGAUUCCACAUAUCGGAAGAUGGGGUGUUAGGAUUUAAAGGUAGAAUUUGUGUUCCCGAUGAUGUAGAGAUUAAGAAACAAAUCUUCUACGAGGCACACAAUGCCCCUUACGCAAUGCACCCUGAUGCCACAAAUUAUGUUUUUCCACAAAUUAUGUCAAGAGAUUUUACGGGACUGCUGCGAAAUGCCUGUUGGGUACGUCCAGAUUCUGGUGGGGAUCGCGGGUCCAUUGUUGCUCGAUGGGUUCGAGUAUUCGGUGCCGAUGGCGACUACGGAGGGUUGUUUGAUUGCGAGUACAAAAGAGCUUGCAAGGCUAUCCAUUUGUCUGGUGGGGCUACCAGCGUGUUGUUGAGGGAUGCCAUGACCAGAGCACCGGUUGUGAGGUUUAAUUCCGCCAAGAGAGCUUCCGAGUUGAAGUUCUUCUUAGAGGACCCUGAAAAUUUCGAGACGCUUUCCAUCGUCUUUAACAGUUCACAGCUUCCUAUGUCAUUCUCUAGUACCAGUUUCAUAUUUUUCUACUAUAUGACAGGCAACUUUUGUUCGGACAAGAAACCUGCUGCUGUAAACUGGAUCGAAGGGCUUGGAAAAUCAGUUGUUUGCAAGGCAGUAAUCAACGAAGAGGUGGUGAAGAAGGUUUUGAAAACAAACAUCCAUGCUCUUGUAGAGCUUAACAUGCUUAAGAACCUUGCUGGCUUUGCCAUUGCUGGUGCUCUCAGUGGAUACAAUGCUCAUGCCAGCAACAUAGUAUCUGCAGUAUUUAUAGCCACAGGCCAAGAUCCAGCACAAAACAUAGAGAGCUCUCACUGCAUUACCAUGAUGGAAGCUAUCAACAACGGCAAGGAUCUUCAUGUCUCUGUGACUAUGCCUUCAAUAGAGGUGGGUAUAGUAGGAGGUGGGACACAACUCACUUCUCAAUCUGCAUGCCUGAACUUGCUUGGCGUGAAAGGUGCAAGCAAAGAGUCCCCAGGAGCUAACUCUAGACUACUGGCCACCAUUGUAGCUGGUUCGGUGUUAGCAGGUGAGCUCUCUUUGAUGUCUGCUGGGCAGCUUGCCAAGAGUCACAUGAAAUACAAUAGAUCCAGCAAAGACAUGUCAAAAGUUACAUGCUAAAUAGGUACAAAAUAAAAGAAAAAAAAAGGGAAGGGGGGGUCCGGGUGUGAUUAUCGAG